GCUAAGCUGCGUGGGGCAGGCCAGCAAUAAGAACUGUCUCCUCCGUCGUCUCCUCCUCUUGAUUCAUCGUUAGAACCCUCAGAACCUUCUAAGAGACUCUUUAUUUUUUCUCUUUUUUUAAUUUUUAUUUUUAUGUAGACGCUCUUGGACAACAGCUCUUGUUCUCCUUCCCACUUUCACUAUUUUUUUUUUUAACUGUAUUCCCUUCAGGGAUUUCUUGUCCCCCCAGGAAUUUUUAAACCAAAACACCCCAACUUGGCAGCUUUUUCUGUGGAGGACAGACGGCUGGCUGGACCUCUGAGCAUACAAUGUCCUGCCCAGCCACCAGCCCCUCCAGCCCACCAGGCACUGGCCUGGAGAAUGCCUCUCCUCCUGCCCCACUUCUCCUUGACAGACUAUGUGAAUCUGUGAACUGCUUCAACUUCAAGAAGGCGAUCAGUUUGGAGUAAUCAGAAUUACCCCUCUCCUUUGUAAGGAUCUUUUUCUGAAAAGCUGUUUAUUGCUCCUGUUGAGAAACCUGAUCCUUGAAGAAGUUCAAGGUAUAAAGGAAAGUGGGGACACAUUUGCAGAGUCUGCGUGUGUCUCCCUCCUGCUGCUCUUGGCCGCUGUGUAAGCCUGCAGAGCCAGCUUCGUAGGGGGCCGAGUGACUCUUACAGUGCGGCCAGGAGACCAGUCAUGGGGGAACGUUAGGGGGUGGGGCCAGCGGAGCAUUGGGUGGGAUGGGGGUUUUGUAUUGAGAGCCAGUGAUGAUGUUUUGAUAUUUAUUUCCUGCUACUGAAAUUUGAAUCUGAGUGAAUUAUCCCUGUUUCUGAUGAUGUCGGAAUGGCAUAGCAACAGAUUCAUAAAGUAAUGAUCAAAUCUUCCUUUCUUUUCAUGUGUAUUUCUAAGAAAUAGAGCCAACUGGUUUUGUAAUGUAAAUACCAAGAGCAAUUUACCUGGUACUAAACCUGCACCCCAGUGUGGCCCCUGCCCCACCCUCACCCCACUUUCCUCCUGUCCUGGACCCUAUCUCUCUCCCAUUUUGUGAUCCAGCCCUGGUUCUGGCUGCAGUCAGCAGAUCCCAGUGAAGGGUAUUGUGUGUUUAGGCCUCAUUUCUUUGUCUUUCCUGGCAUUUGCUGAUUUCUAGUGUAUACUCUGUAGUCUCUGUCUGUUUGAUUCCAUUCCAUGGAAAUAAAAAGUAUGUUGUACAUACUGCUGAAGAAUUGUCUUGCAAGUUAAGGCUUCCCCCUUUACUAUAAGACUAUAAAUAAAAACUUAUUUUAUCCUUUGUGGUGGUAGUGUCUUCUUGCCCCUGCAAAGGCCAAGGUGGCUGCAGAAGAGCAUUCCUGUGUGGCAGCCCGCAGAGCAGGGGUUCUUCCUCAGCAUAAUCAGAGCUGCUCCCCCUUUGUUUUGAGGGCCCCACUCAGCCUGAGAGAAGUAGGUAAAUGGGCAGUAGAAGUGUAUUCACUGGAAAGAGACUUGGGGCUCCAGCAGGGUACAGUUACAUUUCUGGAUCCACUUCUUGCUAAACGAAUGACCCUUAGGGGAAUCCGUGUCUGGAUGGUGGUACGGAGCCAUGGCCUGGAGAGUUCCCAUGAGGGAGAGGACAGAGCCGGCUGCCGCAGGCUAGAAGUCAAGAAGCCGCAGCAGGACCAGGUUAGCUCAGCCUCGUGGACUCAGCAGCGGCCUGAAUGAGUUUAACCUUGAAAGGAAACAGACAUUGCUAGAAUACAGCUUGGUUUUGGUUUUCCUGUCUGGCUUUACAGGAAACACUGCUAUUCCUAGACCAAGGAAGGAAGCGAAGUCGGCUAAGUUCUGAUUCAGAGUGGUGGAGAGUGCUGGGCUUCGGUCUCCUGGAUGUCAGACCUGUAGUAUCUCUGGCCAGUUGGAGUUGAUAGAUCAUUGCCCCUAUUUCUACCAGAGAUGGGAUUGAGCUACACAACUGCUGAUUACAUUAGGAAAGCAAGGAUCCUAUUUAUUCAAGGCCAAGGGAAGAGCUUUGGAAUGAAAAAAGACUGGGAAGAGAGGUUGAUAGAGCAAGCCUUCUCUGCCAUGUUGUCACUGGCUGGCUGUGUAUCUGGCCUUAGAUGCAAAUUCAUCACACACACUUUGAGCCAGGAGGGGUGUUUGAACUGAACCAUGGUGAAUCCCUACUGCCAAGGAGCUGGGCAUCCAGUAGGCAGGGACAGUCAAGCCAGCAGGAUGUUCCAAGAAGCAGGCCUUGAUUACAGGGUGUUGGGGCACUGGAUGCUGAGUUUAGGCUUCCCUCAAGUUCCAUUUUUUGUCUGUUUGUACCAGGAAUCAAGCUCAGGACCUUGUGCUUGCCAGACUGGCACUGCCAUUGGGCUAUAUCCCCAGCCUUCCCUGGAGUUCCAUCAAGUAGAAGAAAAGGACAUGGUCCCUGGUUCCCCUGAGAAACGAAUCACCUGCUUGGUGUGCUUUGCGGACCCUGCAAGUGGAGGAAGCUGGUGUGGGCCGGACAGGAAAAAGGCUGCACAGUGCUCAGCUGAAAAGGAUAAGCUCAGUCGCAGCCAAGUCCCUUCUGGCAUCUGUCCCGGAAGCAGUGUAGGGCAGCCCCAGGACACUGGUCUAGCCAGGUUACCCCUUUCAGUGAUGGUGAUCUCUGUUUUGUCACUCCGAUCUACAUAGAGCUAAGUAACUUGUUGAGUCACGUGGUCCCUGCUGCAGGUGACUUCACUGGGGCCUGUGAAAAACCACCACGUUUUCUUGCAGUGGUGAGCUUGGUAUCUUUCUACUUUGGCCGUUGCCCAAGUAUUUGAAAUGGCCCAGUUUUUAAAGUUGAUGCGCUCAUCCCAUUGGAGCUCUCGCUUCAGUGGAGAAUUAACUGGGCUCUAAGAGCUGUCAUUUUACUUGGGACAGGCUUAAAAUAUAAGCCUGACUAGAUGAGGCUAGGAGAUGAGAGCCCUAGGGCUGCAGAAGCAGAAUGCUGUUUCUAAUGGUACCGCAUGUGCUUUAAGCCUGGGUUCUGUAGGUUGCGUGCCUCCUGUCUCUUUCUUAGUGACUGUUCUCAGUCUGUGUCCUCAUCUGUAAAACAGGGACAGUAAUACUAGCCUUGGAAGGUGGUUCUGUGGGUUAAAUGAGGAAGCUGCAAAUGUGCCUGACCUUGGCUCCAGUGGCACACAAGUGCCAGCUGUCACCUGCACAAAAUGCAGUGGGAACUGACUGCAGGAUGGAAAGUCCAGCUCAUAGGCACCUGCCCCCAGAGCAUGUGUGGGUUGAGAUCCUUGGCAUUUUUUGUUAGGUUUGUGCGGGGCUGAGUAUUAAACCCAGCCAGGGGCUUGCAUAUGCUGGGCAAAUGCUCUACUACUGAGCUACAUCCCCAGCCUGAGGGUUGAUUUCUUGGAUCACCAAAUGCAUCCCUCCCCAGUUGUAUUCUUAAGAUAGUCAUUAAAGAGACGCGGAGGACUGGCCCAACAGAUGAAGCCGAGGUUACAGUAAUCAGAGUCCCUGUCCCCACUGGGCGACGCACAGCUGAGCUUUAGACACUUCUAGAGGCCCAGGAAGAUUGCUCAGAAGCACCACAGUGGUACUGCUCAAAGUGGGGUCCUGGGGCCAUUCCUGGGGUGCUUAUUACAAUGAUGUCUAGCCUUCAGUCUGAUCAAAAGGAUUCUGAUCCAACAGCCAGUCAGUCUAAACAGGCGCGCUCUCAGGCUACUCAGGUUUGACUCUGGAAGUAUAACUCAAACGAGGCUGUAGGGAAAGUGAGGCACAGCGGAGCUUAAGUGCCAAAGCUGGUCUGAGGCCAGUUUUCUUAUUGCUGCACUAGGAGCAAGGUGGGGGUAGCGGCGCCUCACCCCAGCUCCCUGCUCAGUCCCCACCAUUCUCUCAGGAGUCCCCGGGACUGUGCCUGUCUUCGGGUCCCCAGGUAGGCUUGACAUCACUCUCAGACCUCCCCCAUUCUGCUCACGGCAGCCCCCAUACAUGGCACAGAGUCUUCCUUAGCUGAGAACGGUUUCUCUAGGCCGAGGAGGAGAUCCAGAUAGGGAAGAUGUUUGCCAGCGCGGACGCUGCCGGAUGGUAAGUGUGAAUGUGGAGUGAAUGAGGUCACCGUGUGGCCAAAUGUGUGCAGGGGCAGCUCCUGCACUCCCCCCGGCCUUCCUGUGCAGGAGGGGGUGCUGGUUAUUGGUGCAGUGGAGGAGUAAAGAGGCCACACACGAUAAGGGCCUCUUUACAGUGAUUGGAAGAAGGGAAAGAUGAAGUGAUCUGUGGCCUGGCUGUGUAAUGGACCCUGGCUCUUGCUUCUCAGGACACAUGUUUAGGAAACGGGCAGUGUCAGCAUGGUCGGAGGGUGUUGUUCUUGGCCCCCGGGCAUUAUAAAGUUGAGUUGCCCCUCAAAUGCCUUUGCAGGUCCUGGCGAGGGGUUCUGUGAGCCAGAAAAGACCUUUGACAAGUCCCUCAAAAAAAGAAGUCAAAAGAACUGAGACCAAGAUCACUGGAGAAGCGAGAGGCCUGAACACCUGGUUCUCUCAACCUUACGCAUCAGCUGGUGACAAGCAGGGCAAACAGAUGGCUGCGAGGAGUGAGGAAGAUGUCCAGGAGCCGGUUAGACGGGCGCGGCUGCUUAGAGAAGAUCGCGGUCAACUCCCAAGAAGACAACCUCAGCCUCAGCUUCGGCUCUCAAGGCUGUAUGCUUCUGAUGAAGCCCAUUCCCUACCUGCACUAAAGCGCCUCCAAGAUAGAGCGACCAGCCAGUCUGUGAAACUGAUCCCACUGGACCUGCAAGGGAGGGUGAGACGGCUGGGUGCGCUGUCUGCUGAGUGCAAUGCCAGGGCACCGUGCAGCUGCCAGCUUUUCCUGUGGCGAGAGCCCAAGCUGCCAGCUCAUGGUGUGAAAGAGAAGGAUCGAUUCUACAGACACGCAGUGAGAGUGGGCGACUCCAGAGCCUUCCAGGGAGAAGCGCCCCAGCGGGACAGAGUGGGUGCUGUGCGCUGUCACAGCUGGGUCUCUCUAUGCAGUUCAGGCUGCUCUUCAGCUCACUUUGUAACCCAGGUUGGUCUCGAACUCACAACGAUCCUCCUGCCUCAGCCUCCUGAGUGCUGGGAUUACAGAUGUGAGCCACCAUGCCGGGCUAGAAUGAAGACACAGUCUCACUAUGGAGUUGAGGCUGGCUUGAACUCACAGCGAUCCUCCUGCCUCAGCCUCCCUAGUGCUGGGAUUACAGGUACCCAGCACUACUCCCAACUCCCAUCAAAUUUUGUGGGAGAAAUUGUGAUUCACAGGAGAAAAACCAAAGGAAGAAUAUCUAAGGCAAUUUUGAAGAAAAAAGCUGGGAAUGGUGGCACACCAGAGAGGCUGAGACAGAGGAUCACUGUGAGCUCAAUGCCAGACUAGGCUACAGAGUGGGACCCUGUUUCAAAAUACCAGGAAAAAAAGAAAAGAAAAGAAAAAUAUAACUUGCCAUUGUUUGUUUACUUCCAUCAUAGCCACCAUUCAUGAUGACUGUGACAUACUUGUUUAACGUGUUUGUGCUUCCUUAAAAAAUGUCAGGGAAAGAUUUGUACUCCCUCAGCCCAUCUCCCCACCCUGCCAAAGCCCCAUCCAGAGAAAAGGUUAACAGAUGUGGUCAGUUCAAAAUCUAAAUCUUCUGCUAAAAAAGAGCCAGAUGUGGUGCAGGCCUGUAAUCCCAGCAUCCAGAAGCUGCAGCAGGAAGAUUGCCAUGAGUUCAAGGUCAGUUGGAAUAAGACUCCGUCUCAAAAGGCAAACGAACAACAAACAAACCCCACUGAAAACAAGAAAAACACAAGUCUUCAGUGAAGAGCUCCAUGACAUAUAUGUAACUGACAAUGGGUCAAGAUCAAGAACAAAGAACUCCCACAUACACACAAGACGGGAAACAGCUGCAGUUGUAAAAUGGAAAAAAUGAAAUUACAGAUCAGUAAGAAAAUAAGGCAAAUGUGAGGAUUUGUUAGGCAAUUCACAGCAGACAACGCAAAUGGCCAACAAACAUCUGAGAAGAUGCUCAAAUUUGCUAGCAAUCAGGAAAAUACAAAAGCAAGGCAGGACGCCUGUAAUCCCAAGAUGCUGGGACUUCAAGACAGGAAAAUGGAAAGUUCAACCCAGCCUGGGUGACAUAGGGAGACCCUGUCUCAAUAAACAAGGCUGGAGAUGUAGCUCGGUGUGACAGUGUUCCGUUCAAUCCCCAGUAGCCAGGGAAGGAGGAGGAAAAUGGAGGACACACAGAGCAGAUCCACGAGGUGCUCAGAGGACCCACCCACCUGGCAGGCCUCCUCCAGGAAACAGACAUCAUAUCACUCUGCAACACUUCCAGAGUACAGGAAACAGAAAAGACGGAAAUGCUAACAGAACAGGGAAACGAACCGGAGUGCGUUUAUAUGAGGAGAUGCCAGAGUACUUGAAGAACUUGGAGCAGCACGUGUGAACCUCAGAAAUACAAUGAGCAGUGGAAAAAUCCCCUCCUGCUGUACAGAAUAAUUGGUAGGACAGGUCUGUGCUGGGAUAGUUAACUGCAAGAAACAUCCUACACUACUGGAUCAGCGUUCUGGGUGUGGCUUAACUGAGGGGAUUAACUGAGGGUCUGCUGGGAUUUCCAGGGCGUGAAUGGUAGCACCCUCUGGGCUUGACACCCCAAUGCUAUGAAAGGGAAACAAAGAGGGAGCACAGCACUGUUUCUUCAGGGGGCUCCAGGCUUUGCCUUUAUGUUGGCCAUUAAGUCUGUUCCUCUAGUAAGCACUAACACAGGCCUGCAUGUGACUACGGUGACCAUCUGCACUGGGCGCCUGUCCUGGGUUCUUGUGUCGGUUUACAGUGUCCCCUGCCAGGCUGCUGUGGAGUGGCCUGCAGUGAGGAAAAUACUACCUCACGGUGUGGACAUCUUUUUUUCCCCACUACUGGGGACUGAAUGCAGAGCUCGGCACUGAGUGACAUCCCCAGUCCUUUUUAUUUUUUAUUUUGACUUGGGUCUAAGUUGCUAAAUUGCCCAAGCUGGGCUUGAACUUGUGAUCUUCCUGCGUCAGCUUCCCAGAGUACAGGCAUUACACAUUUGCAUUAGCAGGCUGGCCUCUGACAUCUUUUUUUCAGAGGUCUUGCUAUGCAGUGCAGGCUGGCCUUGAAUUCAUGUAGCCAGGUUGGCCUCAAACUUGGGGCAAUUGUCCUGCUUCACCCUCCCAAGUGCUGCAUCACUAUACCUGGCUUUGACACCCGUGUUUCCUUGGCAGUGCUGGGGACCUUGCUUGGGCACAGCAGACAAGAGCUCUACUGCUGAGUGACAUCCCAAGCCUGGCCUGAUGUGCUUUAAAGGAAGCAGAUAAGCACAUGCUAAAACAUGAGGUGGGCAAGGGCACGGCACGGCAUCUGGGGCCAGGCCCUCCUAUGAAGAGAUGGCUUCUGAGACCAUCAGAAGAGAUGGUAUCAGCCUUUCACCACCUCCAGGAUUCACAGGCUCCGGGUUUGUCAAGUGACCCUUCUCCAAGGUCACAGCCUCACCAACAAGGGCGAGGACCUCAGCAUCCCAGCAUCCCCACAUGAAACACAGCUGGCUCUGCAGGUCACAAGUAGCCCUUCUGCUCUCUCAACCCUCUGCCCUGGACAGCUUGGACAAUUUAGCACCUUAGACCCAUGUCAUGGAGAGGGCAGUGGGCCCCAUUCCGCCUUACCAGAGCGUUUUCGGGCACACCCACCACCACAUCGUGUAACAUGGCUCCGCUGCCGAAGUGCUGGGCGAUGGAGAGGCCGCUCAGGCAGUAGCAGGUGUGGUAGAAGUCACGUGACCUAAAGGACAGGCAGCGGUGGCUGGUGACCCUCUGCUCCCCACCUGCCCCCGAAUGUGACCCCAUGAAUCCAGACCCUAUGCAGGGUCUGCAUGCUUCACUUGGUCCUGCAGCUGGCCAGGGGAGGUACGGCCUCUGCCAACAGUGUGUCCCAAAGGCCUGUCCUCCAGCCCUGUCCCACAGCAGGGCUUCAUUUCAUUCAUUCAUUCAUAUAUAUAUAUAUAUAUAUAUAUAUAUAUAUAUAUAUAUAUAUGGGGUUUUUUUUGUGUGUGUGUGGUGCCAGGGAUCAAAUUCAGAGCCUUGCACAUGCUAGGCAAGCACUCUACCACCAAGCGGUGCCCUGGCCAUGGGAACUGUAACUUUAGAGUUGGCCCUUCCCAGCUGUCUCUGGAAUCAGCUCUUAGAGCAGUGCUAAUGGUAAAUUAAUACAAUUCUCUAAACAAAUAUCAAAGCAAGCCACAGUCUUCCUGAUAAACUGGUAGGCCAGUGUUCCCCUGCUGCUUACAGCAAAAGGGUGUGUGUGUAUGUGUGUGUGUGUGUGUGUGUGUGUGUGUGUGUGUGUGUGUUAGUGUUACCAAGGACUAAACCCAGGGCUUGGUGUAUGCUGGGCAAAUGCUGUACCACUGAGCCACACCCCAGCUCACAUCUUGUUCUAAUUAAAUCACUUUGGCCUAACAAAAGCGGGAGGGGGGGGCAUAAAGACACCAGCCCAGCAAUUCCCAUUCACCUGUCUGAGACAGGGAAGAGGAAGUGAGCAGCCGAGGUGUAGGAGCACUGUGACUCCGAGGGAAUGCUCCAAGGCUCUCUUCUCAGCCAGUACCUGCACCCAGCAGCCAAGGCAGGGGAAGCCCUGGCCUCUCCAGGCCCAGCCCUCCCGCACCCUGCGGUCCCCAGCGCAGCACUCACUUGCCAGGCUUGUCCAGAAGGCCGCCGGCGGGGCACUGGCAGCACAUGAGCAGGUACUCCUGCAGGGCCUGCUGGUGGAACAUCCAGUGGCUCAUGCUGAGAGCAGUGUCACCUGUGGGGGCAAAGGGUCAGCCAGGAGUGGGGGUAUUUGUAUUCUACAGAGGGAAGAGGCUGGGCCUCUCUCUCUCCCACUCAUUCUUGGUGCACCUGCUGUCCACCUAGCAAGCCCCUUCUCCCAAACCUGGGCGUGUGCAGCAGUUCAAAGCAGAGGUUCCCCCCUCACCAUGCGCCUGCUAACCUGGGGCAGGCUGGGAGCCAGGUGUUUGGCUCGCUCCCCUCACACACUGUGCCUGCUCCUGAACGGGGCCAUUGGGCUUCCCUCUGGGUUCCUGAGGACAUUUCCUCUAGCAUCGCCCUGACCAAGCUCUGCAAAUUGUCAGCCAGACUGUGUGGGUAAGGAGACACUUAGCAGGGAUGGUAAAUUCUGCUCAUUCUCCUGCUUUUCAAAGCCAGAACUUUAUCUCCAAAGGAAAUUCUUUUUUUGUAGUAAUACUGGCCCCUGCCCCCAUAACAUACGGAGUUCUUGGUAGUGAAAAUUGUAAGCAAAAAUUGUAUCUUUUCAUUUAUUUUUAACUUGCAAGCCUUUGACUACUAAACAGGGUAAAAUUGUUUUCCAUAACAUCUGGUUACUAAUUGCAAAAACACAAUGUACAUUCUCUGUCCUGAAACCUAAUAGCCAAUUUUUGUUAAUCUAGCUUUUUAUUAUAUUUACCCUUUGCCUCUAACCUGCUAUACCUAUUUCUCUUCUUGCUUUUUUGUUUAUGUAAGCUGAAAUACAUACUAUAUAUACGGAGCAUGGGUUUUUUUGAAAAUAUAAAACUUAUUGUGAUGAUGGCUGUAUGAUUCUAUAAACACAUUAAAAACUACUGACUUAAUAAUUUUAAUGAGUAAGCUUCAGGAUAUGUGAAUUACAUCGUCACAAAGCUGUAUUUUAAAAAGCAUACUUAUUAAAUGUUGGGGUAACUGCAAUAAACAUUCUAUGUAAAAGACACUCUUUCAUACCAUAUAACAAAUAAAAGACUACUAUUGUGAAGUAAAUUAA